AUGAAAACAGCCACACGAUACGCCUCGACGGCUCAGCUCGACGUCAAUGCUCCUGUUUCUAUCCUUGUGCCGUACUACGCUGUCAAGGUGCCACCGUACAGCCACCAGCCUCCUGACAUCGUGCUCCUCCGGGUGGAUGCUCGCUUCCAAGUUGCGCACAUAACCUCUCAACAGCCCCUAUACACGCACGUACUAGCUGCCGUACCUCGUGACAUUGUCCUCCGGGUGCGUGACCUGACCGCACCACAGUCAACGAUGCCCUGCGACACCCUCAAGGCCGCUAUGUUAGAGCGCACGGUCCUUCACAAGAGACGCCGCCUGCGACAGCACCUAUCAACCACGUUGCUCGCCGAUCGUCAGCCAUCCCAGCUCCUUCGACAUAUGCAGCAUCUACUUGGAUCACAAACCUCCACAAUCCAUCAGGCACAGCUGAAGCACCUGUUCGUUGGAUGCGUCUUCAUUACCGUCCAAAUGAUGCUGCUACACGCACCGAAACGUAGCCUUUCUGCUCUAGCGUGCUGGGCUGAAAAGACUGCGAGGUGCCAUGUCGAAACCUCGUUGCUUCCCCAGUGA